UAAACAUGACAUUUACGUAAGACAGGUUUGGAAGCCCCAAAUUCCCCCUCCAAAUUGGAGGUUUCAAGCUAACUCCUUUUCGGACAUGGAAGAGAAAGAUUGGGACGAUGAAGAGUGCGAUGACACUCCGACCAUGACCACCGUUUCGCGCCACUGUUUCGGCGACGAUUCUGAAACUCCAAGCUUCUCCAUCUCCAUCAUCGAGAACAUGAAGGAAGAUUAUGGCCUAUUCGUCUGGCCCUGCAGUGUAGUUCUUGCCGAGUACGUGUGGCAGCAGAAGCAUCGGUUUUCAGGAGCCACCGUUGUUGAGCUGGGUGCUGGAACUUCCUUGCCUGGCUUGGUUGCUGCAAAACUCGGUGCUCGUGUCACUCUUACCGAUAACUCCACCAGAUUAGAGGUGCUUGACAACAUGAGAAGACUUUGUGAGUUGAACAAGCUUGAGUGCAAUGUGUUAGGAUUGACAUGGGGUGUUUGGGAUGCACCCUUAUUCAGUUUACAACCCACACUUAUUCUAGGGGCCGAUGUGUUGUACGAUUCAAAUGCCUUUGAUGACCUCUUUGCUACUGUGACAUUCUUGCUCCGAAAUUCCCCGGGGUCGAUUUUUAUAACGUCAUACCAUAAUCGAAGUGGGCAUCACCUUAUUGAGUUUUUGAUGGGAAAAUGGGGCUUAAAGUGUUUGAAACUUCUUGACGGGUUUUCCUUUCUUCCAUCUGAUAAAGCAUCACUACUAAGUGGUAACAUUCAAUUGGCAGAGAUAGCUCCUAUCUCAAAAGAUAAUGCUUGAGGUAGUCACAUUCUUCGCAACAUUUCAUCCUAUACAUCAGAAACAACAUCUUCGAACCGAUAACAGUUUUGGGAGGAAAAUGGGAAAGUGAACGCUCAGACAUGAACUAUGCCUAAAAUUACCAUAUGCGCCAAUAAUGUUCUUUGAGGCUGCAUUGGAUAUAUUAAUGAUAAGACUUCGUAGCAUUAUUAUUAUAGAAGAAAAUCAUAUCUGCCAAUUUCCAAAUCAUAGUCGUUUGUGAGUUAAGUUUGUUUGGCUCGAUUCUCACAAAAGUUGAGUUCUUAAUCGUUACCUUGACUCUCAUCCUUUGAUUAAGCUGGGAUACUUUCAUUUGUCCGAGCUGAACCUUGCUUGACUCAUUACUCAAGACUACCAAACUGAUAUUUAUAACUACUAAAUUAAUUUCCCAAGACAUGCUUAAUAUUUUAUUAACUUGAGAUAAACAUACCAAUUUCUUUUUUGUGGAGGAAAAAGAUGCAAUAUUCUUGCCCUUCUGGGAACUUUUUUUCCACCAACUUCGUACUGAAUAACUUGUAUGGAACAUCAACUAUCAAAUUGAUUUAAUUUUUUAAUUGAUCACUCUGCAGUCCUUCCUAACCUCUUGGCCCCCGUUGAUGUUACUCAUUUUGAUCAUGGACUUUGCGAAAGCCUGAUAAAAUGCCUUUUGUGAGGUGGCAAACUUCGUAACCAGAUUCUUGGUAUCUGGGUUAUCGAGCAAAGCUUGAUCAGAAGAAAACAAGCCUUUAUGUUGGAGGAUCAACCUGUAAUAUGUAUUGUCGAAAGUUACUGAAGAAGGAUCCAUAGUGGUGCCUGCAUUUUUUGCCUGAUUUUUUAGUGGACAAAUUGAUUUCAGUUUUGCUACAAAUGACGGAUUUAAUGAAGGAUCAACAUCAUGUGUAGCAUUAAAGCUGUGAAGUCUGCUCUUGAAAGAUGAGCAAUGAGAGAAACCCAAAGUAUGCCCCCCUACACGAGUUAAAAGAUAUUUUAAUCUAAACUCUAUUUAGAUAUAAAUUGGAAUAAAUGAAAAAUGUUAAGUUUUGGUAGUUUUGACUUUAGGGAUGACUUGCCUGACAGAGCUACCAAGUCUUCCCCAGACAGUCCUCUUUGAGAGAAGCUCUGCCGCAAUUGUGAUAAGUUGAAGGUUGGAGCUGGUAACUGUAUGGUUUCACUGGCCUUAGAUGUUCUUCCAUCCUUUCUUCCUUUAGGAACAUCCCAUGUAGGUCCUCCAGAC